CGUAAAAAUAGGAGUUUACUUGGGUUUUCAAGUUUUGGAAAUUCCUGAAAAUUCUAAGAAGAUAAAAAGCGAUUAAUUCUGCCAUCUAUGAAUUAAUUAAGAUACUGUGUUUUACCUAAUUUCAUAUUACUAGAGUGUGACAAAUUAUAAUCGUUAUGUACUGACAAAAUAUUCACAGAGGAUUACAAGUUAUAUUAGUUGACAAGCUGAAAAAAAGAUUCUGUUAGCAGUGGAAUUUUAAUUAUAUGACUUAAACAGCCUCAUACUACAACACUGAAAGAAUUAAAAUCAUUGUCACAUAUUAAACAGAUGUACAAAGUAUGUGCUUAAACUGGAUUGCAGUUGUACAGUUAAAUUUACUGGGCUGAAGUUAACAAAAUGUCACUUGAUGAAGAAGAACAAACUGUACACAUCUCUAGAAGAAGGUUGUCAGAACUUGAAAUAAAGGCAAAUGCUGCAACAGAUUUCAUCCAACAUUUCCAGAAUAUUGAUAAAGAACUUAAAAAAGAAAAAGCUAAAGUGAAAAAGUUCACUAAAAUGUUAAUAGAUGAUCAAAAAGUUAUUGAAAAAUUGACUUCUGUAAGGUGUAUUAGUGCCAGUGAUCUUUCCUCAUUAGACUCAAGGUCAUUGAUCUAUAGAAAUUCUUCACUUGUUACUCCACAAUCAAUUAUAGAAACAGAUGGCAGUUCAGGAUCUUCAUUUAUCUUUCCAAUAAGCGAUCCUUUCCUUUCCCCAUCACCAGAACCUUCACCAAAGAAACCACCAACUCAGCUAAGUGCUACCCCUCUUGAACUUACUACUCAAUCUAAGACGACAACUACAGUGUUUAAAAAUCUUCGUGAAACAGACUCAAUAAGUAAUUCAGGCAGCAUUUCACUACCAUAUAAAAGAAGUGCGUCUGUGAAUGUAAGCAUAACUGGUCCAAAAGCAAAUAAUGUGUUUGCUGAUGUUGUGGAUGACAGAGGUAUAUCUGAAGCAGUUUUCCUUAAUCUAGUUAAAGAAUUGAAAAGGACAAAACAUUGUUUAAAUCAGCUGAUGUUAGAAAAGGGCCUCACAAUGGAAGAAUUCAUGAAAGGGAAAAUUGAUAAAGCAACAAUAGAAGACAUGGCCUCAAGUAUUGAAGAUUUGAAGAAGGAAAAUGAAAAUUACCAGAAUAAAAUAUCUGAGCUAAAUAACUCUUUAGCCUUCUACAAGAAAUUAGUAAAAGAUGAAAGAGAAGGACUGACCAUGCAGUUUGACAACAAGAGGUCAAAUGAAAGGACUUUAAAGGAUAAAGCAACAGACAUCCAGAAACUCAGCGAAGAAGUCAAUAACAUGAGAAUAGAAAAUUGUCAACUAAAAAAUCAGCUCAUGACAUUAGAGGAAGAGAAAAAUAUGAUAUUAGAUAACUAUGCUAAAUGUAUACAAACAAUAACAGAACUAGAACAGCAUCUAAAUGAAGAUCAGUUAAAGAAACAGAAUGAAAAUCUGACAAAGGAGGCAGAAAAAUUGCAAAGGGAGAUAAAAAAUCUUCAAAAUGACAAUGAGAAACUGGUAUCAUCUGUAAGUCAUCAAACAAAAUUUAGGGAAAUGUACAAGCAUGAAAAUGCUAAGUGCUUAAAGGUAGAGGCAGAAUUGAAAGAAGAUAAGGUUAAACAACAGAGAAUGGAGACAGAAAUCACAUUAUUGAAGGCUAAGGUGACUCACCUUUACAAGCAAUUAGAACAAGGCAAGUCAAAGUCUCACAAGCCGCAGGACAAAUUACAAGCCCCAGUGAAACCAACAAAGAUAACAAAACCAUCAUCACCUGUUGAGUCAUCUUCUUCAUUCAUAGAGUCAGAACUUAUAGCAUCAAGCUCAAUGACGGGGGUCAAAUCAAAACUGGUGGAGAAUAGCAAGAAAAUGACAAAUUAUGAAUGUGAACGAUGUCAAGCACAGUUUGAAGACGAAAUGGAACAUUUGUGCCACAUUAACAAGUGUUUAGAUUGAUAUCUGUAAUGCUUAUUUGUUAUGUUGAUAAUGGUUCAUAGUUUAAAUUUAUGGAGUUAGCUGCGAAAAUUUUCAUAUGAACUCUUGGGAAAUUACUUUUUUUCUCUUUUAAACAAUCAUGUUUUGUGACAGGAAUAGCACAUGAAGAAAUCUUAAGAAUGGGUUCUCAUUUUGUGAUAAAACGAGUCAUUUUAGUUGAGAGAAUUCUUGUUGGAUAAUAAUCAAAUCAUGGCAGCUAUGGUGGCACAUGCUACUGCGAAUCUUCCAGUUUAACAAUUAAGGCUGUGUGAUUUCUUUCUUACUGAUGAUCCUACUUUGUGUCCCCCAUCCAUGAAAGUUGUUUUCACAUUAAAAGGUCUGUACUUCCAACAAAUAAGAGAGAGAGUUUUUACUGUAACUUUAAUAUUCUGUCAGAUGUAAAUACCUACUAACUUCCAAUAAUUUAGAAACAUAGGUGGCAUCAUUACGUUAUUAAACAAAUGAAUGUUAUUGCCUAAAAAUAUUGAAGGUUUGUACUUCUAAUGAGUGUAUACAGAUUCUUAAAAUGUAUACAUUUGCAUAGACUUCUUUUAAAAAAAACAUUUAUUGAUGUUAAAUUUAGUGCCUCUUAGUGAUAUCUUAUUUUGCUUCAGUGAGACCUUAUUAUAAUGGCAGAUGCAUUGUAGUAAGAAAUGUUAAAGUGAAUUAAUAAUUAUUUGUUUUAAUAACAGUUGGUGUUCUUAGCAUUAUCAUAAGUUGAAUAUUUAGAUGCCAACAUGGCAAGCAAAAUGAACAAUAAAAAUAGGCAAGUGAC